AUGAACACACUGACUACUGCAGUCGUCAUCUGCGCCAUCCUCGCCACUGCAUCAGCCGGUGGCAUCGGCCUUGGCUACGUUCAUGGCUACGGAGGCUACGGCCUUGGCUACGGUCAUCGCUACGGAGGCUAUGGUAUUGGGUAUGAAGGUUACGGUCUCGGCUAUGGGCUUGGUGGUGGCCACGGGGCCACCGGCGUUGGCGUCGGCAGCAGUGUGGCAAUUCUAAGUGGGGGGCCUGCCUUCACAAAGGCCGUAGCUGGACCGGCCUUCCUGGUGAAGACGGUGCAUCACGUCAACAAGCUGCACAGUGGAGGCGCUCUGAUCGCCCACUCCGGCCUCGGCAGUGGUUACGGUGGCUACGGAGGAUACGGAUACGGAGGUUACGGUUACAAGUGGUAA